AUGAAGUGUCUGCUGCUUCUCGCCUUCAUUGGGGUGGCUGUUGCCUUCCCCACCUUUGCUGAAGAGGAUGAUGACAAGAUUGUGGGAGGUUACCCCUGUGCAAAGAACGCUGCGCCCUAUCAGGUGUCCCUGAAUGCUGGAUAUCACUUCUGUGGAGGCUCCCUCAUCAGCAACCAGUGGGUCGUGUCGGCUGCUCACUGCUACAAAUCUCGCAUCCAAGUGCAGCUCGGGAAAUACAACCUGGGACUCACCGAAUCCACCCAGCAGUUCAUCAACUCUGCUAAAGUCAUCCGCCACUCUGGCUACAGCCCCUACACCCUGGACAAUGACAUCAUGCUCAUCAAGCUGUCCACCCCAGCUGUGCUCAACAGUGCUGUCCAAACCAUUCCUCUGCCUACCAGCUGCGCAGCCACCGGCACCACCUGCCUGAUCUCCGGCUGGGGCAACACUCUCAGCAGUGGCUCUAACUACCCAGACAAAUUGCAGUGCCUGAAGGCUCCAAUCCUCUCUGCCUCCGACUGCUCUAAUGCCUACCCUGGGCAAAUUACCAAGAACAUGAUCUGUCUGGGAUUCCUGGAGGGAGGAAAAGACUCCUGCCAGGGAGAUUCCGGCGGUCCUGUGGUCUGCAAUGGACAGCUCCAGGGCAUUGUUUCCUGGGGUAUUGGAUGUGCCCAGAAGGGCUAUCCCGGAGUUUACACCAAGGUUUGCAACUACGUCUCCUGGAUCCAGUCCACCAUGGCUGCCAACUGA